AUGUCCUGGCCCUGGCUGCAGUCGAUGGUGACACCGUGCUUAACCUGCGAGCCUUGCCGUCCGGACAAGGAUAGCUCUUGCGGCGAACGGCGGCGAAACUCCAGACAGCGAAGCAGGCGACCCACGCUGCCGCGUCCACUGCAACUCCACAGUGGAAGGCUGCGCAUGACUCGAGGCACCAGCAAUGAGGAGCUUGAGCAAGAUGAGGAACAUGGCUAUAGUUCCCUUUCCUCGGGCUGGAGCGAAAAUCACCCGUUUGCAUCUUGGCGACACGUGGCUUAUAUUGCUUUGUGCACAGCGACAAUAAGCAGUCUGGUCGGAACAGCGGUCGGGUUCAAAGUAAAAGACGAUUCCGGUGCACAUUCCAGCAACGUGGAAGUGGCCUUCACCGAGGACCGUCCGACCUGUUCCAUGCCCCUUUCGCCAGUGUAUGCAGAAGAGCCACUGGCCAAACAUAUCGUGCGCAAGUUCGACCAGUAUCUCAUGAUGCAAGCUGCUUUUGCAACGAGCGAACAAAAGUUCGAAGCCGUCUCGCAGUGGCUGGCCCCUGAGUUUGAGUAUCAGACGGUUGGGUUUCCCACUACCCAUGGCCUCAAAGACUGGGUCUUCGGGGGCGAGGAGUCGGAGUUCCGCCGUGCAUUUCACCCGUCGGUCUUCUCGCAGAUGCUCUUUUUUGGCGACACGGGCCACGCAACGACCACAUCGUAUGGCAACGUGCGCUGGGUUGCGGACCUGUUCGGGAUACCAGCUCAAAAUGCAUGGGUCUACUUCAGGGUGCUGGACUUCUACAGUCUUCGCCACAUUGGCCCUGGCCGAGGCCUGUUGAACUGGAAAUGUGGCUGA